UUUAUCUAUCCUAGACAACUAAAUCAACAAUGUCUGCCCGUCGUCCUCAUGGCCAGUCCUACGCGGACGUCGCCAAAGCUCCAGCUCCAGGCACCUCCGAUGUGACCCCCGCCGUCCCUGCCGAUGUGAUCUACAAGCUUCUUGGCUUCACAGCAGCCAUGGUUGCUGCCCCCAUUGGAAUGUAUUUCCUGACGGUGAACACCAUUUUCAGUGGCAGCUCCACACUGGCUGGAAUUACUGCCGCCGUAACUGCGAACGUGGUCUUGUUCGCAUACAUUUAUGUAGCCUGGAAAGAAGACCAAGAGGACAGACAGACGGACAAGUCCAAGUCAAAUUCAAAGAAAGCCCAGUGAGCAGCUCCGCAUCGAGUCGGGUCUGCGGAUGGCUUCUACUUCGGCGUUGCGGUAUUCAAUUCGGGUUUCUACGGGCUAUUUUGUAUACGAAAGCACAUCAACC